GUCCAUUGAUAAAUUCAACAUGGAGGCUGCUGGUUGUUGUGGAUUCCUCAAUCCGGAGGAGGAGAUUUAAUCAUCAUUUAAUCAUCAUUCACACACUGCUGGGGAUGAAUACAUGAAGUGAACCGUUGAUUCAGGUCCACAGGAGGAGAUUUAAUUAUUUAAACAUCAUUGACACACUUCUGUGGAUGAAUCCAUGAAGCUGUGGGCUCCUUUCUCCCUGCACUAACCGCCCUGGUGGAGGAGUUUAAUGAGCUAACGGAGCUGACUGACCGUUAACUAACUCUACUGGCUUAUUAACUAACUCUCUGAGGGACCGGAUGGAGCCCCGGCAGGUCAUCGGGCUGUUCGGACAGCUCAGCGGGUUCCCGGCGCCUGUUGGGGCUCAUGUUACCGAGGAGCAGCUGGAGGAGGUCCGGAUCUACCGGCUGGCAGCAGAGUGGGGUCAGAGCGACCUGGUCCGAGGAUCCAGACUUCGGUUCUCCCAGCAGUGGACUCUGAUCGCAGACAGCAACAACCACCGGACCAUCAGGACCGUCCUCCCACCGGGGACCUGUGUGCCGCUGUCUCCAGAGUUGCUGAGCAGUCGUUCUCCAGUUCAACACCUCAGAGCCGUGCUGAAGGACAUCAGUGGCCACCAUCUCCUGGAGGUCUGGGACCACCAUGGACUCACUAAAUGCUUCAACCUGACGACCCUCAACAACCAUGGCAGAGUUUAUGAAGACGCUCAGUUUGGGUGUCUAUCGUGGUCUCUAUGUGAGAAUAAACUGCUUUACGUCGCUGAGAAGAGCAAGAACUCAUCAGGAGAAGGUCUGGAUGGAGAAUCUGGAGGCAGGAAGGACAGGAGUGUGUACUGGGAAGACUGGGGCGAGGCUCUGACCAAUAAGAGCGUUCCAGUGAUCUGUGCGGUGGAUCUGCAGAAUGACACCGUUGCUGUGUUGCAGGGCAUCCCAGCCGACGUCUCACCUGGACAGGCUCUGUGGGCUCCCGAUAGUCAGUCUGUGUUUUUUAUCGGUUGGUACCAUGAACCCUUCAGACUCGGACUUAAGUUCUGCUUCAACCGCAGGUCGGCGUUGUUCAGACUGGACCUGGAUGGGAGCUGUGAACGUCUGUCUGGGGAGAACCUCUCGGUGUCGUGUCCCAGGCUGAGUCCAGAUGGAUCAACGCUGGUCUACCUGCAGGGGGCAGUGUUUGGUCCACACAGCCAGUGUCUCAGCCUGCAGCAGCUGGACCUGAGCAGCAGGAGGACGUCCACCCUUCUGGAUGUUGUCAGCAGACCUCAACCUGGUGAGUUUGCAGGAGUUUAUGAAGCUCUGCCGUCCUGCUGCUGGUCUGCAGACAGUCAGAAAGUGAUCUUCAGCAGCGCCCGCAGGAACUGGAAGGAUCUGUUCCUGGUGGACAGAAGAUCUAAGAAAGUCUCCUCCCUCUCUGAUACUCCUCCCCUGCUUGCUGAGACUCACUUUCCUCUUCCUGCACCUCCUCUUCCUCCUGAUUCCUCUCCUCCUCCUCCUCCUCCUCCUCCUCCUCCUCCUCCUCCUCCUCCAUCAUCUCAUCUUCAUCAGGAGCUCAGGAGAGAGCUGGAAGAUCUCUCUGAUCCUUCCCAGGUUUAUGGAAGCUGGAAGCUGCUGACGGUCCAGAGAGACCUGAUGGUGGUCUCCUGUUCCAGCCCCAACACACCUCCCACCCUGAGGGUGGGAUUCCUGCCGGCAGCAGGUGAAGCUGUAACCUGGAGAACUCUGCAGGAACCCAUCAUGACCUUCGACUUCCAGUGGUCCGUUCUAGAUGUUUCACCUCCACCAGAGGAGGACAACAACCACUGCUCUGGUUUGGACUUCGGGGCCGUUCUGGUGAAACCUUCUCGUCCUCUUGGUGAAACCAGGACUCCGCUGGUCGUCUUCAUUCAUGGUGGCCCUCACUCCCAGUUCCCUGCAGAGUGGAACUUCACCACAGCUGGAUUGGUCAAACUGGGCCUGGCGGUGCUCAUGGUGAACUACCGAGGAUCCACAGGGUUCGGCCAGGACAGCAUCCUCUCUCUGAUUGGUCAGAUCGGGAACCAGGAUGUAAAAGACGUGCAGAGGGCUGUCCUCACUGCGCUGCAGACCCACGCCUCUCUGGACUCCAAACGCUUGGCUGUGAUUGGUGGUUCUCACGGCGGUUUCCUGUCCUGCCACCUGAUUGGUCAGUACCCAGAUUUCUACAGAGCGUGUGCAGUGAGGAACCCGGUCAUCAACGCUGCUACGCUGCUGGGAACCAGUGACAUUGUGGACUGGCGUUACACCAGCGCAGGGUUUCCCUUCUCCUACGACCAGAUCCCCUCAGCUGAAGCUCUGGCUGCCAUGUUACACAAAUCCCCCAUCAGCUACGCUGCUCAGAUCAAGGCUCCAGUGCUGCUGAUGCUGGGAGGCAGAGACAGAAGAGUUUCUCCUCACCAGGGUCUGGAGCUCUACAAAGCCCUGAAGAGCCGAGGGUCACCUGUCAGGUUGCUGUGGUUUCCAGAAGACGGACACUCUCUGUCCAGAGUGGACACGCAGGAAGACUGCUUUCUCAACACGGUGCUGUGGCUGAAGCAGCAUCUCUGAACUGAUGGAGGUUUAGAGGAGCUGAGGGCUGCACUAUAAAGACAUAUUCAUUCAUUAACACUGAAGCCUAAAACCAAAGUUAAAGCUGUAAAACCUGCUGAGCUCUGCCUUCGAGAUCCCCCUGAACAAAACCAGACCUUUACAGUCAGACAACGACCUACAUGCAUUCAGUUAGUGAUUCAAAAAAGGCAUAAAUACAUUUAGAUUUAGAGCAUAGUUAAUAGAACACAGAAUAUUCUAUAUGAUAAAUCCCAAUCAAUAACUAGCUUUUGGCCAAAUCAAAGUGAGAAUAAGUGAUUUUUAUUUCUGAUAGAGGUUUGAGGUUUUGGAGAGCAGCUAACAUGAGGAAAGUCUGACUGUUAAACUGGCUUCGUAGUGCAACCGUCAGUUCUGCUGCUGAAAACUCUGAUAAAAGGACACAGCUGAGACACACCACUCCCUUUAAUAACAAAUGCACCUAAUUUUUUUUAAAAAUAAAAUAUUGACGCAUGCAGUAAAGAAAAUCCUGCAAACCACUGAUUAUAUGUAGAUGUUUGCUCAUUUAAUGCUGGAUUUCAAUAUUUAAUCACUCAGUUGGAUUUAUUUUAAUUUACUUCAACAUAUCUCCGGGAAAACACCAUUAAUUCUUCAUCAGUUGUGUGUUAAAGUCUGCCAUUUCUGCAACUUUCCAGUAUUUUUCUUCAGGUCGGACCGGGUUGGCAAAGAUAGAUCAACAUUUACAGUAAAUGCAAUUCAUGCAAAUGUCCAGCAGAUGGCAGUCUGUGACUGUAUAACUGCCUUUUAAAAAACAAUAGUGCACCUACAAAAUGAAAUAUUUCACUACAGCAGUUCAGGGAUGAUUAUUUCCUGUUUUAUGUUUCGUUAAGUAACUUUCAUGCAGAGUAUGAUUGCAGUUAAACAUUAAAGCUCCAUUUCAGACACGUCAUCACAUCGGCUGCUUUCAAGUUAACAAAAAGAAACAAAAUCAAAGAGAUCCAGAGCUUCUGAGCAUUAUUUAACACCUGAAGCCUUCUAACCACACAGAUCCUCUGCAAACAGCUGAAACCUGAUCUGAAGCCUCUAAAGGAGACUCUGGACCUCCUUCCUCAUCAUGGGGCUGAAGAACAAAUAGUCUAGUGUCAGGCUGACCUUUAAGAGUUACAAACAUGAUCCAAGAGAGCAAUCUAUUUGGAUUUCUUAUCAAUAACAGAGAAAAUAAAAGGGUGUGAACAGUUUA